UUUUAUUUUGCCUAUUCACUUUUCGUCUAUGUAUUGAGAUGCUUAAGGUCAUCAAUGACAAUUGCAAGUAUUUAGAAAAUACUUGUCUAAAACUUGUCAACCAAGCUAAGGGGCCUAAUUGAAACUCUAUUUAAAGUUUUCACAGCCAUUCGCAAACAUCAAGAACUAGCACACACACCCAGAGAGAGAGAGAGAGAGAGAGAGAGAGAGAGAGAGAGAGAGAGAGAGAGAGAGAGAGAGAGAGAGAGAAUGGAAGGGGAAAAUAUAGUGAAGCUACAUGGAACAAAGAAUAGUGCAUUUUCUUUUAGGGUGGAAUUGGCUCUCAAAAUUAAGGGGAUACCAUAUGAGUAUGUCGAUGAAGAUUUGAGGAACAAGAGUGAGACAUUGCUGAAGUACAAUCCAGUCCACAAGAAAGUCCCUAUACUUGUUCACAACGGAAAACCCGUCGUGGAGUCACUAGUCAUCCUCGAAUACAUUGACGAGGUUUGGAAGGAGAACGGCCACCAGCUUCUGCCCCAGGAUCCUUGUACAAGAGCCAAGGUCCGGUUCUGGGCCAAUUUCCUCCACCAACAGCUAUUUGCACCCAUGCUCCCAGUGAUAACCACAGAAGGGGAAGCACAAGCGAAAGCCAUCAAAGAGGAAAUCGACGCGCUGAAGGUGGUGGAAGAAGGCAUGCUGGAGUUUUUCCCAACCAAACCCAUCACCAGUGAGGAUCAGCUGGGACUUCUUGACAUAGUGAUAUGCUCAGUUUUAGGUUACAGCAAAGCUAUUGAAGAAGUGAUUGGUGUGAAGCUGGUAGACCCGGAGAGGAAUCCACUAGUGUUUUCAUGGGUGGAAGCCCUAAUUGAGCUCCCUGCAGUGAAAGAGAUAAGGCCAUCUCAUGAGAAAUCAGUGGCUUUUAUUCACUUUAUUCGAGACAACCUUAAAGCUCCUAAAGCUUGAGCUCUUUUCUAGAUGCUUUUUUAUUAGCUCGUCUGUGUGUAAUGUGGGCCUCUUCUUCGCAGUUUUGUGAUUGUUUUCUUCUUGUGUAACACCCCUACGUUGUUUUCAACAAUUCUGUUCAAUAAAUUGCGUUUCAACUCUGA